AUGAAGCACUUGGAUUGGGACUCCCCACUGCCGCAAUCAGAUGAGGCGUUGUGGAGACGUCUGCUUGAGGACCUUCCGCUGUUGGAACAGCUCCGGUUGGAACGAUGGCUGAAUGCCGAUAACCAACCAAGUCACGUCGAGCUCCACGGGUUUGCUGACGCGUCGGAGCGAGGUUACGCAACCGUCGUCUACCUCCGCGUGAUGAGCGCCUCCUCGACCACGACCAGUCUGCUUGCUGCAAAAAGCAAAGUUGCGCCUAUUAAGCCUGUGUCUCUACCGCGCUUAGAAUUGUGCGCCGCAGUCCUGGUCACUAACCUGACUUUUCAUCUCCGCAAGACCUUAGGCUUGAUUUCAGCUCCAGUUACUCUGUGGUCGGACUCCCGGGUCACGCUGCAAUGGAUCCAAGGACACGCCUCGAAGUGGAAAACCUUUGUGGCCAACAGGGUGUCCCACAUCCAGACGAAACUUCCAGAGGCACGAUGGCGACACGUCCCAGGGCGGGACAACCCAGCUGACUGCGCCUCUCGGGGGAUUGAGCCCCGGGAUCUGAUCAACCAUUCCCUCUGGUGGACAGGACCUCCAUGGCUCACCACGGAUCCAUCGCUCUGGCCACAACACAACCACGCCACACACGACGUCGAGGUGCCGGAGACGAAAGCAAUCGCCUCCCACUUGACGACCACGGAGAAAACCGAACCAGAGAUGCUCCUCAGGUUCUCUGAUCUCCAUCGCCUCCUGAGAGUCACCGCCUGGUGUUGCCGCUGGCGAGGCAACCCACCGAGUUCAAAGGCUCACCUCAACCUCAUGCCCGUCGAGCUAGAAGCGGCCUUGCUCCGCUGGCUCCGCUUGGUGCAAGCUCAUCACUUUUCCAAGGAGAUCGCUGCCCUGAAACAGAACCACAUGUUGGUCAAGAGUUCAAUAACUAAAUUAACCCCCUUCCUCGACGACCAUGGAAUCAUUCGAGUCGGGGGUCGGCUGAAGCACGCUGUGCUCUCAAGAGACGAACGCCAUCCGAUCAUCGUAAGACCUCCAGAAUCAUGGAUAACGCAACUCCUCGUCAGGGCACUCCACAGACGAACGCUUCACGGCGGGGUUCAGCUCAUUCUAGGUCUGCUUCGCUUGCGAUACUGGAUUCCUCGAGGCCGCUCCAUCUUCAAGAGAAUGAUCCAUCGAUGUGUCACAUGUGCGAGAUGGAGGGCCGCAGUACCACAACCCAUGAUGAGCAACCUUCCGACGGCACGAGUCGCUCCGGCACGUCCGUUCCUACGUACCGGUGUUGACUAUGCCGGGCCGAUUCUCAUCCGAACCGCCAAAGGAAGAGGUCACAAGUCACACAAGGGAUUCGUCGCCGUCUUCAUCUGCUUCGUGACCAAGGCCGUUCAUCUGGAAGCAGCGUCGGACUACUCCACCGAUGCAUUCCUCGCUGCAUUCCGGCGUUUCACUUCUCGUCGGGGUCUAUGCGAGGAAGUCUACUCCGACUGUGGUACCAAUUUUGUCGGAGCGGACCGAGAACUGCGACUCCUGUUCCAGGCAUCGUCAUCCGACGGCCGACGCAUCGCUCACAUCGCAGCGUCCGACGGGAUCCGGUGGAAAUUCAAUCCACCGGCAGCACCUCACUUCGGCGGGCUUUGGGAGGCGGCAGUGAAGUCGACUAAGCACCAUCUGCGAAGGGUCCUCGGAGACACGACCCUCACCUUCGAGGAGAUGUCGACGUUCCUCGCUCAAGUGGAGGCGUGCCUCAACUCGCGUCCUCUUCAAGCACUGUCCGACGAUCACGAGGACAUAACGGCACUCACACCAGGACACUUCCUGAUCGGAGCUCCUCUGCUGGCAGUACCCGAGCCCUCACUGGCGGACAGCAGCCUCAAUCUUCUGCCCCGCUGGAAACUCCUCCAACGGAUGCGUGACCACUUUUGGGAGAGGUGGUCACGAGAGUACAUCAACUCCUUGGCAUCCCGACCUAAGUGGCUGAAGGACUCAGCCAGUCCUACUGUGGCGCCCUGUGCUUGGUGCGGUCGGAAAUAA